GCUAGCUGUCUGUGUCCCUUCAGGGCCACCAUAGUAGAGACAAACAGCUCUGGAUCUGACGCCGUUUACGGGAAAGGAGGAAGCUCAAUAACUGUACACAAAACCUGAACUAGGUAACUGUGUAGGAAUCUCUAAAAGUUCAUCAUCAUGUCCAGGUUCGGAGGAGCCCCAAAGUGCCAGGCCUGUGGCAAGUCUGUCUACUUUGCUGAGGAAGUUAUAGCAGCUGGAAGUAAAUGGCAUAAAGCCUGUUUCAAAUGCUCGGAUUGCAGCAAACCGUUGGAUUCCACGACAGUCAAGGACCAUGAUGGCAAACUCUACUGUGCGUCUUGCCACGGUAAGAAGUUUGGACCAAAGGGAUAUGGCUACGGUGGAGGAGCUGGUGUGUUGAGCACUGAAGGCGCAAUGGGGAGUAAGCCAGCCAGUGAGAGAUCUUACGUCCCGGCUGGUCAGGGGGCGGCUGGAGCAGGGGCUUCAAAAUUUGGCGGUGCGGACAGGUGCCCACGAUGCUCAAAAGCCGUUUACGCUGCUGAGAAAAUGAUUGGUGCAGGACUGACAUGGCACAAAAGUUGCUUCAACUGCAAAACUUGCAACAAGAAGCUGGACUCUACCACCGUUAGUGAUAAAGAUGGCGAAUUAUUCUGUAAAUCUUGCUACGGGAAGAAUUUUGGCCCCAAGGGUUAUGGAUUUGGAGGUGGAGCUGGCGCCCUCGUCAACACUAAGUAAUAGAGACAUCAGUUGCGUCUAGUCUCACUGUGUCAGUACACCAAAGUUGUACAGGGUUUGCCCUUAACUUUCUUAUUGACUGGGUAGCAGGACCAGCCGUCGAUUUCACCAAACUAAGGAUUAAUCUUUGGACUAAGGACAAGUUAAGUUCCGUAUUCGAAGACGUUAGGACGCAUUGAACCCGUUUUUAAGUUCGGAACGGGUUACUUGUCCUAACUCGAGAUUGGAUUAAUUCAAGCGUUUGGUGAAAUCGUCUGCUGAGCUGAACUUCAUGACUCUGCUUACCACCGAAUUCUGCGCGUAUGAUCACCAGAGUUUCUACAGCUGUGUAAUAAUAAUAAUAAGAAAUGCUUAUAUAGCGCAAUUCAGUACUGCAAGUACUCUCAAUGCGCUUUACA